AUGACCUUUGAUGAACAUGAAAAACGUGCAUGGAGUGUUGACUUUGGAAAAAUGGAUCCCACAAAACUAGCAAGUGGCAGUGAUGACGCAAAAGUCAAAAUUUGGUCCACAAACCAAAGAAAUUCUAUAUAUACUCUAGAAAGCCAAGCUAAUGUAUGCUGCGUAAAAUUUAAUCCUGAAAUUCCACAUCAGGUGGCGUUUGGAAGCGCCGAUCAUCACAUACAUUAUUAUGAUCUUCGUUAUAAUCGCCAGCCCAUUUUCAUCUAUAGGGGACAUCGUAAAGCUGUGUCUUAUGUAAAAUUUAUUGGUAGAAAUGAAUUAGUUUCGGCUUCAACCGAUAGCACACUUAAACUGUGGGAUAUUGAAUCUCAAACCUGUGCCCGAACAUAUACUGGCCAUACGAAUGAAAAGAAUUUCGUUGGUCUAAGCGUUUCUUCAGAUUGGAUUGGUUGCGGUAGUGAAGAUAAUUGUAUCUACGUUUAUUAUAAAAAUUUAGACAAGCCGGUCAUCAAAUACAAAUUUGGAAACAUUAAUGCUGUUACGGGUGAAGAGGCUUUCGAUACUGACCCUUCACUUUUUGUUAGUUCUGUUUGCUGGAAAAAAAGCUCUAGCACUCUAUUGGCCGCUAAUAGUCAAGGAACCAUUAAAGUAUUAGAAUUAGAAUGA